AUGCCCCGCGACAACAUGGCCUCUCUGAUCCAGCGGGUGGCCCGGCAGGCGCGCGUAACGUUCCGCGCCCCGGGCGGGAAGCAUGCCGGCGGCGGAGGCGGCGGCCCGCGCUUCGCGGAGAACCUGCAGCGGCUGCAGCAGCUGCUGAACGAGGUGCGGGCCGAGGACCUGCGCUUGGCCGCGCGGGGUCCGUCGGCGGUGCCGGGGCCGGUGCAGCCGCCCGUGAGCUACAUGCACAUCUGCGAGACGGAGAGCUUCAGCAUGGGCGUCUUCGUGCUGCGCGCCGGCGCCUGCAUCCCCCUGCACGACCACCCGGGCAUGAACGGGCUGCUCAAGGUGCUCUUCGGCACGCUGCGCAUCGCCUGCUUUGACGCCCUGCCCGACCCGGCGGACGGCGACGGCGCCUCGGGCAGCGGCCCCGCGGCGGCGGCGGCGGCCCCGCGGCCCGGCUCCGGCUCCGGCUCGCCCUCCCCGCGGCGCCACCGCGGCUUGCUGCGCUCGCACCAGCUCUACACGCCCGCCUCGCCGCCUUGCCUUCUGUCGCCGCACACCGACAACCUGCACCAGAUCGACGCCGUGGGCGGGCCCGCCGCCUUCCUCGACAUCCUCGCGCCGCCGUACGACCCCGAGCACGGGCGGGACUGCCACUACUACCGCCUCCUGGACGGGCAGACCCUUCCCCCGCUGCCUGCCGCCGCGGCCGACCACCCCCCGCAGAGCCUGCCCAAGGAGGUGUGGCUGCUCGAGACCCCGCAGGCGGCGGAUUUCUGGUGCGGAAGCGAGCCCUACCUGGGGCCCGGGGUGUCCCCGUGACGCGAGGGCGGGCCAGGCCCCCCCCCCGACCCCCGCCUGCCUCGCCCUCGUGGGGACCACGCCAAGAGGCCCGGGAAGCUGCCCUCUCCUCCCUCGGGCCCUCCCCGGAGGGGUGGGGAGCCCGUCCCACUGGGCCCACCCUCUCCUUUGGUCUGAGAUGCUGCAGUUGCUGCCCUGGGGAUCUCAAAGCCAAGGAAUCCUGCCCUUUCCUGGGGCAGAUGCAUCGGGAGGAGGAGAAAGGAGAAGCAGAAUACAAUCACGAAGGACAUGCUUCUUGCCCCAGCAGGGCAGACUGGGCAGCACGCGGGUGUCCCACAAGGAAGGCCCCUCGGCGUGUUGGGAGAUAGGCCUCCGUGUGCUGCAGUCUGGGCCUCAGCUCUUUUGGGGUGUCAUUGGCCAGGUGGAAUGGCAAGCAAGGCACCUGCAGACCCAAGAUCUGCAUCUGAUGAAAACUUACAGAAGGCCAGCCAGUCCUCUUCUGCCCUCUUCCCAACCCCAGAUGUCAGGUGGUACCUGUGAAAGUAGUUUUUUGUAGGGUGGACUGUAUACUCUUUCCUUAUCCUCCCCAACCACAAGCAGCCAGCUGCUACUCAGCAUACAAAUGGAGGACGUGACGCUCCCCCCACCAUCUCUUCAGGCCAAUAAUAUGGACUGUAUUGCUUUGCUGUGGAUGUGUGUCAGUUGCAUGGAUUUAGGAGAAAAUGCACCCAUCCGCUCAGGACACAGAUUGGAUCCUGCCUUUACCCUGCAUGGAAAAUCCAGUUCUGUGGGUGCAAAGCAGGUCGGUGCCGUGGUGGCCAUGCCAACGGAUGUGACAAUAAAAAAAAAAAAACUAGCAAUGUUCAAGUUUCCAGGCACCUGGAUGCUGCUCAUGGGCCCCCAAAACACGUACAGCACUACUCUGCUUAUUUCACUUACACAUUGGGCUGUGAACCUUCACUUCUCCUCUUUUGCUACAGGAGAAAGAAUAAAGUCAAUAUUAAUUCUUC